CAUGCCUUGAGAUCCGAGACGACCUUUAGAAUCUCAUUGGAAUAAGAGAUUACCAGCGACAACAAGCAAAAGCAACCAAAAAAAGUAAAAGUUGAAAAGGGUUUCUCUCUCUCUCUCAUUUUCUCUGUGUGUUUGCAAGAGCCAAGACGCUUCUCUGUUUAGAAACUGCGGAAUACUGAGGUCUCUCUCCUGUCACUCUAUUUAAUUGGUUAGAAUUUAUGCCAAUAAGAAACUCUCUUGCUCUCUCGCUCCCCUCUGCCUUUUUAGGUUCACUACCCUUUUCUUCCAGUGCCACAACCACCGCAGAGAAACAAAAGACAAGCCCUUUUGCUAAGAGAGCUCUUGGAUUCUCUAUUUGUUCUUCUUUCACUCUCCAGAGACGAUUCCUGAUCUUCUUCCUCUGUCACAGCCAUGGAUGACUACAGAAGGAGUCAUAUCCCUGCAUUUGGUAACUGGGAUUACGCGAAUGACCUCCCUAUUACACAGUACUUUGAGUCUGCUAGACAAGCUGGGUUGAUUCGUUACAGCUCUGAAGAGCGUGAUUUGUACGUUGUAGACGAUUUCUAUGGUGAUGAUCUGAAGAAACCUGUCAAGACUGUUGUUUGUCGCCGCAAGGCUAAAGGGGCGGAAAGGCGUUACCCAACGCAUGUCAAGGAGCAGAGGAAACAGGGUAGAGUCUGUGACGUGACGGAACCACCAAGCUCAGAGCAGAAACCUCACCCAUACUCCCCUCCACCUAGGGCGCCUAAAGCUGUGGACGAAGAUCUGUACAAAAUUCCCCCAGACCUCCUUCACAACUACCCUAAGAGGAAGAAGAUGGGUUUCUUCUCAUGCCUAAUGCCCGGUUGUGUUGCAUGAGGAUAUGUUUAUAUGGAGAAGAAACUUUACUUUUAUGUGAUAUAUACAUAUGAUGUAUGGUUUUAAGCAAAAAAGGGUUGAUGACAUAUUGUAAACCUGAUGAUUUUAUCUCAUGGAAAAGGAGAUGAGAAGAGAAAAAAAGAUGCUUCUUUUUGGUUUUUUGGA